AAUAGCCGGGCAAAAAAAAAAAUGGCAGCUGCCAGUCAGCGAGUGGCGGCGGCGGUUGUUGCUCAAUUUUUAUUGUUUUCUCUGUGCCGUUCGGCAUGGGCCGAAUACUUCUCUUCCCUCUUGUCCUUUAGUAGCAAUAGCCAGAUGCAGAAGCAAGGCUGCGUCACUCAGUCUGAAUUUGGGAACUCGGAAGACUUCGUGGAGUGCGGAUGGAAGAGAAGACAUUGGAGAGGAUGCAAGAAAAGACUUAUGAGAGUGUUUCCAGAGUCUUCAUUUCUGAAUCCUGAAGACACUGACUGUAUGCCUAGUGGGGCUCCACCGUGUGAACCAGUGCUGUCCCUUGAUACAGAGAAAAUCCUGAGUCAGGCUAAAGUAUUGGCUGAACAAAAGAGGUUCCCCUUUUCUACUAUCAAUGCAAAUACAAAUGAGGAAUUGGCAUUUGGCUAUGCCUUGAUUGGAAACAGCUUGUACGAUGAAGCAAUAAAACACUUUUCAGCACUGCUACAGGGAAACCCGGAACUUGUGGGUGCCAUCUACGGAAGGGGAAUAGCGUAUGGAAAGAAGGGUUUACAGGAUAUCAAAAAUGCUGAGCUUGCCCUCUUUGAGUUGAACAGAGUUAUAACUUUGGAACCGAAUGCACCCGAGGUAUUUGAGCAGAGAGCAGAGAUUUUGUCCCCACUGGGUCGAAUUAGUGAGGCGUUAAAUGAUCUCAGCAGGGCCAUUCAAUUACGACCAUCAGCACGUUUGUACAGACAUAGAGGCACCCUUUACUUUAUAUCGGAGGAUUAUGCAGCAGCACAUGAUGACUUCCAACUGUCCUUAGAAAUGAAAAAAUAUCAGCCAAUUGCGAUGUUGUACAAAGGUCUAACCUUCUAUCACAGAGGUAUGCUGAAGGAAGCAAUUGAUGCUUUCAAAGAUGCCGUUAAACUCAAAACGGAUUUUACAGAUGCUUAUAGAAGUCUAGGGCAAGCCUACAGAGAACUGGGUGACUUUGAAGCAGCUAUGGAAAGUUUCCAAAAGGCAUUGAUAUUGAAUCAGAACCACAUUCAGUCCCUUCAGUUGAGAGGAAUGAUGCUUUAUCACCAUGGUAGUCUCCAGGAGGCCUUGAAGGACUUUAAGGGAUGCCUGCAGUUGGAACCGUACAAUGAGGUUUGCCAGUACAUGAGAGGCCUGGGCCACGUUGCUAUGGGCCAGUUUUAUGAGGGAAUCAAAGCUCAGACUAAAGUGAUGUUAAAUGACCCACUUCCAGGUCAGAAGGCAAGUUCAGAGUAUCUGAAAGUGAAAUACCUCAGAGAAUAUUCACGUUACUUACAUGCACACCUCGAUCUGCCGGUGACAGAGUACAAUAUAGACCUCGACCUUCCUGGUAAUUUUAAGGAUCAUUGGGCCAAAAACCUUCCCUUCCUUAUAGAAGACUAUGAAGAACAACCAGGAUUACAGCCUCACAUAAAGGAUGUUUUACCUCAGAACUUUGAAAGCUAUAGUGUAGAGGUCCAAGAGCUAAUUUGCGCUGCAGAUCGUUUGGGUUCCCUUAUGCAAUAUGACACACCUGGCUUUCUUUCAAACAAAAGAAUACAUAGAGCUAUGGGACUUGCAACAUUAGAAAUUAUGCAGGUUGUGCAACGAGCAUGGUCAAAUUCAAAAAUUCGUGUAAAUGGCAAAACAAGAUUGAUGCAGUGGAAGGACAUGUUUGAUAUUGCUGUGAAAUGGAGGAGGAUUGCGGAUCCUGAUCAACCAGUACUAUGGUUAGACCAGAUGCCAGCUCAAAGCCUGAGCCGAGGCUUCAAUAAUCAUAUAAACCUCAUCAGGGGUCAAAUCAUUAAUAUGCGGUACCUGGCAUAUUUCGACAAAAUACUCAAUUUUAUAAAAGACAGAAUUCUUGUUUAUCACGGUGCUAAUAAUCCCAAAGGCCUUUCCGAAGUGCGAGAUGCCCUGGAGAAAGUGAGAAAAAUUGAAGACCUUCUUCCAAUUAUGAAACAGUUCAACAGCAAAACUCGGGAUGGCUUCACAGUAAACACAAAGGUGCCCAGUUUAAAAAGUCAAGGAAAGGAGUAUGAUGGAUUCACCAUUACCAUCACGGGUGACAGAGUUGGAAACAUGCUCUUUUCUGUGGAAACCCAAACAACAGAAGAGAGAACACAGCAAUACCACGAUGAAAUAGAAGCAUUGUAUAAAGACCUGAGUAGCAAAGGAAAAGCAUUGAUACUUUCCACUGAGCUUGGGGAGGCAGAUGCAGUGUGCAACCUAAUCCUUUCUUUGGUGUAUUACUUUUACAAUCUAAUGCCUCUCUCUAGAGGAUCCAGUGUGGUGGCAUAUUCAGUAAUCAUGGGAGCACUAAUGGCUAGUGGGAAGGAGAUCACGGGGAGAAUCCCCAAAGGAAAGUUAGUAGAUUUUGAAGCUAUGACAACACCAAGUCCAGAGGCUUUCAGUAAAAUAGGAAAAAGCUGGAUGAAUUUGAAAAGCCUACCAGCAUCAUACUCCAGUCUUCCAGCUGUAUUGGAGACUUUUCCAACAAAAAGAACAAUGAUAGAAGUGCUUAAUACAGACUCCUCUUCUCAUUGUCCCAAAAACUCAUAGGAGCUCCUGAAGACUGAACAAAGUACAGCUUUCUUUGCUUCAUAUUAAGUUAUUUUUAUAAUAAAAAUGUAAAGGAAUGAGAUCCUUUUGAUUUUUGGUACUUUUUGAUAUUGCUUAAUUUAAUAUAUGGAAGAAAAACUUUAACCUCUUCAUUGGAUUUCUUCAUGAUAUAAGGAAUGGGUAUUGCUUAUUUCUUAUUAGGAUAUUGAAAGGUAUUGUACUUAAAGAACGGGUUGAUAAUUUGUAAACAGACUACUACCUGACUACGUUAUGCAAGUAAUUUUAUCAAUGAUCAAAGUGCUGACAGCAAUUUAUUUUCAGAUCAGGUCUUUAUAAACAUCGAUAUUGGUUGACUAAUUCCUGCACCAACAUUGCAGGGCUGUCAAAUAUGUUUUCUACAUGUACCUCUUCAGACUCUGCUCGUCCGCAUAAAACAAUUUUCAGUAACACCUGUACAUUUCAGAAGCUCUACAUUUUAGUUGGAGUUUUUCCUGGUUUGGUUUACUGUUUUUUGGUGGAUUUUCUUCCAAAGGCCAUCAUGAAUUGGAGGAGCAUUGUGCAAUUGUUGGAUCUGUGACUUGAAUUACUAUGAAUUUAUACACUUUGGGAGCUCUAAACUAAAGCAGUUUGGCCAAUAAGGGCUCAAGAGCUGUAUAAGAAACCUCAACAGAAUUUCAAAGCUAUCACUGCUAUGGGGCAUCCUAAUCUGAAAAGAGAUUCACUGUCAUCCCCAUAAACUCAAAGAAAAAUUCAGUUUGGGUCACAAAAACAUCUCUCGCCUUAUGUGAUAUAGAGAAACAGACAAAAGCCAACUCUUGUAGCACACAUCCAUCUCGCUCUGGUGCUAUAACCUCCAUGGCCUCUAUUAGACUUUUAUAUUUCAAAAGUUAUGCAGACCAGUGGGCUUUAACACAGAUUUCUGCUUGCAGUUUUUUGUGUGAAUGGGAACUGGAAACUGGGACAUGUUCACAUGGGUAAGUGCAAUGGCAUCGCUCAUAUGGGAAGUUUACAGCUAAAUAACUGUUAUAAGAUACUGAACCAAUGUGUAUUUUUUUAAACUAAAAAAUAACUUAUUUUGCUGAAAAGCCAAAUUGGUUGACGUUAAUUUUGUUGCCAGUAGUUUUUGCUGUGUUUUGUCUCAAAAUAAUUGCUCAGAGAGCUGUACUUUACCCCCUAAAAUAAAGUGAACAUGUUUCAUAUGGUCCAACCAUCUUCCAGAACAUCUAACCUUCCAUUGAUUCAACUUUAUAUUUGGUUCUUUUCACAAUGCCACUGAGAUUCAGUUUUAAAUUUGCACUAUAUUUUUCAAACUGUUUUUUUGCAGAAACUCCUAUUUACAAACAUGCUUUUCUUCUACAUUAUGGUAGAACAUUCAGUGGCAUUUUGUAUGUGUUUUGUUUACUUAAAAUUAAUGUUCAUAAUACAUUUUGUAAAGGAAAUUAAUUGUCUAAUUAAAAGUGCUGAUCAAU